GGGUGGUCUGCUGUGGCAGUUCAUGCAUGCCCCGCCAUCAACUCAAUCAACCCCGCAGUCGGCCGUCCUUGGAACAGAGAAGACAAGAGACAGGCACGCGUCUCCUACUUCCUUGAAUCCUUCGCUUGACAUCUUUUUGCAAGCGACCCCUCCACUGUCAAAACCGGCCCUUCCAAAUCGUCAUGGCCGACAAUGACAAGUCAGAAACCUCUGGUGAGCCUCAAGGCCGCCAUGUAAUCUACUGCGGCGUCUGCACCCUUCCCCCAGAGUACUGCGAAUAUGGCGGCACUGUCAAAAAGUGUCAGGACUGGCUUGAAAAGCACCAUCCCGACCUAUAUGCCAGAAUAUGGUCGCAAGAGGCUCUGGAGGCAGCGACUGCAUCCCUCUCCGUCGACGCACAGAAGCGAGCUGCCAAAGACGCACAGAAGAAGGCGGCCAAGGCCGAGGCUGCCGAAGCCAAACAAGCCGACAAGUUGGCCAAGAGUGUCGUCACAAUUAAGAGGAUCGAGCGCAACAAAAGAAAGUUCGUCACGUCCGUCUCCGGUCUUGAGUCGUUCGGGCUGGAAAACAAGAAGGUCGCCAAGGAGUUUGGAAAGAAGUUUGCUACUGGCUCAUCUGUUACCAAGACCCCGAGCGGUGGCGAGGAGAUUGUAGUACAAGGCGAUGUCAGUGACGAGAUUGAGGAGUUUUUGUUGGAGAAGUAUAAGGAGAUACCCGAGGACAACAUAGAGCUGGUGGAAGACAAGAAGAAGAAGGCCAGCGCGCCGGCUUAGACCAUUUGGAAAAAGGAGUUGACGUAGUCUAUCAAUUGAUUAUGAGUAUGCCUGGCUGUCGUCA